UUUCAUUCUCCGUCUCCUUCUUUUCAUCUCUCUUUCUCUCUCUCGCUUCGCCGUGUGGUGCGAUAGCCUUCCUCUUUGGAGGGAGGGAGGAGGGAGAGUGAGCUAGGGUUUGGCUCGGAUGCUCUUGGCCCUGAGAUCAGUGAUUUCAAGGUUUGAAAUCAAGGGCUCUGGGUGAUGGGGAAAUCACCAGGCAAAUGGAUCAAGACGCUGCUCUUUGGAAAGAAAACAACCAGAUCUCAUUCUUCCAGAACAAAAGAUAAUUUGGCUAGAAAUGAUAAAGGUUAUUUUGGAGGGAAGGAUCCACCUGCUUUGGCUGUAAACUCUCCUGUAAUUUCUGAGCCGGUACUCGUCAGCGCUGGCAGAAGUGGUAUCAUCCCAGGGAUAGAGAAGGGUGCACCUUCAAAUUUACCAAAUGAUGGUGCAGGUGUAACACAUCAACAUGAGGAUAAAUCAGGAAUUCUGGGACCUACUGCUUCAAAUGACCAAGGAAAACUCCGGGAAGAACAAGCCGCUGUGAAGGCACAAGCAGCUGUUCGGGGGUUUCUGGCACGCAGGGCAUUUCGGACCUUGAAAGGCAUCAUAAGGUUGCAGGCACUAGUUCGUGGGCAUUUGGUGAGGAGACAAGCUGUGGCCACCCUAUAUGCUAUCCAUGCAAUUGUAAAAGUGCAAGCACUGGUUCGUGGCCGGCAAACGAGGCAUUCCUGUAUUAGUGGUGAAAUCGCUUCAAAGGUUUUCCAAGCAAAAGCUGGGGGGAUUAAAGUUGUGGGCAAUUGGAGGGAGAAUCUCUCAGCAAAUGUAUUUGUUAACAAGCUUCUUUCUUCAUCACCUACUACAAUGCCACUGCAAAUCCAUUAUACCAAUGGGGAACCUAAUUCAAGCUUCAUAUGGUUGGAGCGAUGGACUUCCUAUCAUGUAUGGAAACCAGUAUCCCCACCAAAGAAGACUCUUGAUUCAAAACCUCAGACAAAAAGGCACACUUAUGCAAUGGAAACUGAAUCAGGCAAGCCAAAGCGCAUUCCUCGGAAAAAUUCCACUUCUAAUGGCACUGAAUCCGGGCCAACCACCGGCACAUCUGAUCCUGAGAAACCCAAGCGAAACCUCAGAAAAGUUUCCAGCCCUGCUGUUGACUCAAAACAGGAACAUCCACAAAGUGAGCUUGAAAAGGUUAAGCGAAACUUGAGGAAGGUAUCUAAUCGCGCUGCUGAUGUUUCCAAUCAAACAAACACUAUAACAGAGAAACCAAGUCGAAGCUCGAGAAGGGUGGCAAGUGCCUCUACUGAAGUUCUAGAGCAUGGAAUGAAGGAUUCUACAGAGAAGCCAAAGAAAGAUAUUCCACCUUCUGUAGAAGAGAAACCGGAAAAAGAUUCUUCUCCCAGCAGAGAGAAAAAACCCGAUGCAGAAGCCGCACAGAAAGGUAUGACACCAGCGGAGCCAACUGAUGAUUGUCUUGCAAUUCAAGUGCCUCAAAUUAAUGAUACUGAAAAGGGAGAGGACUCUACUACAAUGAAUGUGGUUAUUACUGCAACCAACUCCAAGGAAGAGCAAGCUAGUAAUGAGAACCAGAAACAUAGCAAGAGGAGAUCUUCAUUCUCAGCUAAGUCAGAAUAUGCUGAUAAUGGCUCUCCAAACACCCCAACGCUGCCAAGUUAUAUGGCAGCAACUGAAUCUGCAAAGGCGAAGCUGCGCGCCCAGAAUUCACCGAGGUUUGGAUCUGAUCCAAUCGACAGAAAUGGCUCCACUCGCCGGCAUUCCCUCCCAUCAUCUACUAAUGGGAAGUUGAGCUCACACUCACCACGAGCGCAAAGAUUGUUACAAGCAAGUGGUAAAGGAAGCAUUAGAAGUGACCGAUCACUAUUAUCUUCCAGGGAUGCCAAUGAGAGGCCUAUCCAAGUAGAAUGGAGGCGUUGAUGUUGAUGAGAACAUGAGAAUUUAAGAGUUGAUUUAUGGAAAAGGUAUGCUUCUAUUAUUCUGACUUCAUUUAUUUGCUUUUUUUUUGUGGUGUAAAGUUGUGCUGCAUGUAAUGGUUUGAUGAAUAUCUGAGGUGUGGUGUGCCUAAUAACCUUGUUGUCCGUCUAAGUAUUCCUUUGAUAUUUGGAUUGUGCAUAGCUUGUCCGUUUCUCUUUGAAGAAUGCUUACCUUAUUAUAAUUUGUUAGGAUAAGUAAUCUGACUUGUUAGAUGUCAUUGUGAUGUCAAUGUGACAGAUUGAUGUUUGGUA